AUGUUGUCGCUCCUGUGGUCGGUUUUUCUUGUCCAUGUAGCCAUUUAUUUGGUUAAUACCAUUGGCGCUAGCACGAUUGAUAAUCUGCUAUGGCUCCUCUACCUAAAAGUCCCGACCUCCACGUCGAAGAAAUACAAAGAACAAAACCGACUCAAACGCGAGGUUGUCCAGCUGAAGCGGGACAUGAACAACACCAGCUCACAGGAUGAGUUUGCGAAAUGGGCGAAACUCCGACGGAAACAUGAUAAGACCAUGGAGGAAUAUGAGGCGAUAAACAAACAACUCGUUUCGCAGAAAACCUCUUUCGACUGGGGCGUCAAAAUCGUUCGCUGGUUCGGUACAUCUGGUCUCAAGUUCUUCCUGCAAUUCUGGUACUCGAAAACGCCUGUCUUCCAUCUGCCAGAGGGUUGGCUUCCUUACUACGUGGCGUGGCUGCUGUCGUUCCCCCGUGCGCCCAUGGGGUCGGUGAGCAUCCAGAUUUGGAGUAAUGUUUGUGCGACGGCGAUUACGACUAUGGCGGAGGUGGUGACGGCUGUUCUGUUGCAGAGGGCUACUGCUGCUGCUGCGCCUGCUGCGAAGAAGACACAAUGA